AUGUUCUUCUCGUUGAAAGCUGUUGCGCACUUUUUUGGUAUUCUGAUGGCGAAUCCAAUGUGAGUUUUUCUAAAACGAUUUCAGACUUCAGAGUUACCCGAACUAUUUUUCAGGAUCGAUUAUGGAAAUGCUACAAUUGCGGUGACUGAGCAAAUGAGCCAAAUUAAGAGUGGUUUGGAAAAUCGAACCGGCUCGACUUAUCCAAUCUUGCUCGAGAAAACUGCUUCUUUCAUUUUGGAUUCGCCAGAAUAUGUCAUUGAAAAUGAAAUUGCUAGGUUAGUUAGGCUUCAGAAAUUUUCAGAGGGAUUCUAGGGGGUUCUAGAGGGUUUCAGAAGACUAUAGAAGGCUUUUAGAGACUUCAGAAGGCUCCCUCAACUUUCCCUAGCUCCAAAAAUCAUAUUUUUUGCAGAAACAAAACCUUGAUCCCUAACAAACAAAAUCGAAUUCAAUUAUUCUUGGAUUUCUAUCGAACCGAGCCAGAUUAUUAUCUUACUCUCGAUUUACAAGUUCGCCUAAGACUUCUAAAUGCGACCGAUUUGACAAAAGUCCAAAUGUAUCAAUUGAAAAUGCACGAAUCGGUUUUGGAAACGGCAAUGCAAGUCUCGUAUUUGCAAGUGGUUUUGGACACCGGUGCGCGUCAAAAGAAUAUUUUAAAUUGAUUUUUGGAACUGUUUCACAUCGUUUUCUGAUUUUUUUCUAAAUAUUGUACUUCACACGUUUUUUAAUUAAUAAAAAUUACAUUGAAAAAACUUGUUAUUGAAUUUUUUUUAUAAAAUUUCAGAAAAAUUGAGCUCUAAAAAUAUCAAUUUAUGAAUGAGGUUCUGGAAUUUUCGGCUCAUAUUUUUUAAAGAAGGUUUGCGGAGCUUUAGAAGGUUUUAUAGAGUUUCAGAAGGUUUUGUGAAGCUUCAGAAGGCUUUUCGGAGCUUUAGUAGGCUUUGUGAAGCUUCAGGAGUUAUUGUUAAUCUUCAGAAGGCUUUGCGGAGCUUCAGAAGGCUUUGGGAAGCUUCAGAAGGCAGAUUUUACUCAAAAUACUCAAACAGGAUGAAAAAUAUUAACAGACUUAUCUAGAUUCAAAGAGAAGUACACAAAAAAAAAGCUAAGUUUUUCUAAAACAAGAAAAUCCUAUUAAAUCUCAGAAGAAAACCAACUUUUUCUAUAAAAAACAGAGAAAACACAAAAAAAAAUACAAAAAGUAUAGAUUUCUAAUAAAAAACACUAAUAACUUCCCAAAACAACAGUUCCCUUCUUCCUCCUUUCUUCCCGCACACAACAAAAAACAACUAGCGAGAGAGUGUGUAUUCUGAGGAGAGUGUGCAGAGAUGCAGAGAUAUCCUGCGGGACAAAAAAGGGGGACACCUUAUUUAUUUGUGUGUUGUGUUUUUUUUUUGCAAAUUUCUUGAUGGUGCGUUAUAUUUUUCUGGUGUUUCUAUUGAUUUUUAAUGUUUUUGGUGAGUUUUUUGUCGGGAUUUUGAAUUGGGACAGGGUUUUUGAGCUUCUUGGGGCUCCGCUAGCUUGCGGAAAGAUUCCGGAAGUUUCCGUGAGCUUUUUACGCUUCCGCAAGCUUCCUAAAGCCUAAAAUCAAUGGUUUUUUUCCAGCCUCCACUGCAAACCUCACAAUCCUUGCCAAAAACUCCACCGGCUUGCUGAAAAUCACCUUAAACCCGGAAACAUUGGUCGAAAAAGCGGAAAAUAUCAAUUUUUGGAUUGGCGAGAAUUCAAAUUUGCUGCUGGCGAAAAAUUCACGCGAUUCAAUCACAUAUUUUUUGAAAGAUGCCACGAUUUUUGAGGUGGAUUUGAAAAAAGAAAAAGUGGAGAUUCGAGAGAUUGGAAAAGUUGAGGAGGAUGAUGUGAUCAGUAUGGAUUUCGAUUUUGAGAUGGAUUUGGUGAGUUAGCCCAAGUCUUCUUAACCUGAGAAAUGCUAAACCUAAAAAUUCUGAAUGUGAUAGCCUUAACCUGAGCAAUGAUAAAUAUCCUAUUAAGCUAACUCUAGGCUUUCUGGAUUCUCAGCUUGAAUUAGAACUUUAACCUGAGCAAUACAUAUAAGCGAAAAGUUCUAACAUGAGCAACAAAUUAGCUCUGAUCUAACGUAAUACCAGAUUUUCAAAAGGUUUUGGCUUGAGUUAAGUUAAGUCUGUUUUAUUGUUUAGAAUUUGAGCCUGAAUUAGAACUUUAACCUGAGCAAUGCUAAACUUCACAUUCAGCUCUAAUCGAAGUGUGAGAAAUUCCUGAUUUUUGAAGAUUUCAGAAAGGUUUUGACUCAAGUUAGGCUAAGUCUGUGUUUUUUUUUGAAUUUUUUAAAGCCUGAAUUAAUCUGAGCAAUGAUAAAUCUCACAUUCAUCUCAAAAUUUAUCAAUUUUUUUUUCAGAUCUACCUCUCCAAAACCUCUCGCCUUCACAAUCACGGCCAUUUGGAUGCUUGCCAACUCAAAAAUAUCAGCUACUGUACAACAGUGAUUAUCGACAGAGUUGAGCAUGUUUUUUUGAAUCCAAAUUUUGGGUGCGUUGCGGUUGCGUCGCGGUUCUCUAACUCAUUUUCGAUUUUUCCAGAACUAUGAUUUGGCAAAAUUCCACCUCAAAUCUCAUAUUUUCAACAAUGUCUGGAGAAGAUCAAAGAUCAAUCAAGAUCCAGGAAAAAUCAAUAAUCCACAGUAUGAUUCUAGAUGGUGAAAAAUCGAUAUUUUAUCUGGAAACAUCGGAAACUUCGAGACAAGUUUGGAAAUUGGAAAAUCCUGAAGAUUCCCCCAAGGAAAUCCUGAAUUCAUUUGAAAUAUCGAAAUUUCAAAUUUCCGGAGAAUUUAUGAUAUAUUUAUCUGGAUUUCAAGACGAUUUGUGGAUUUGUAAGAUCGAGAGAUGCGCUGAAACUUCCUGGAGAACUGGAUUCAGAAAUCUGGAAGACUUCACAGUGAUUCAAGAAGAUGCCAGCGAAGUUAGAGGAACUCCAGAGUGCUCAGAUUUCCAGCUGAAAUCUGGAAAAUCUGCAAUUUCCUGUCGAUGUCAAACUGGUCACUCAAAAAUUUCCGACAAAUCUUGCGCCAAAACCAUCCAGACAAUUUUAUACCUCUCAAGCGUUGACGGGAUUCUUUGGACCUCCCUGGACACUUCUGAACUUAUCCUAAGUCCCCUGAAGUUCACUGGAAAUAAGACUGAAGUGAUAGAUCUCAACCCAGUGACAGGAAAUCUCUACUGGCUGGAAAACGAUGCGAUGUCAAUUGCGAAGAACUUGAGAUCAAUCAAUACUACACUUUUCACACUACCGUAUGCCGUUUCAAAAUUCAGAUAUGAUUCCAAAACACACAGUGUUUUUUGGCUAGAAGAUGGGGCUCGAAUCGGUGUGUCUAGUUUGAUCACAGGAUUUUCAAAAUCGAUUAUUUUUCCCCUCGAAAAUGCACAGUCUUUUGUGAUUGAUGAAAAUGAUCGGACGAUUUUGGUUUUGAUGCGGAAAAAUGAGAUUUGGAAAUUUUCAAUGUUUGGAGAGGAGAAACGCAGGGUUUAUAAAUCUGAAGAUGAAAAUGUUGAGAUUUCGGAUUUGGUUAUUAAAGGAGAUCGGAUUGUUUGGCUGGAAGAUCAAGUUAUGGUAAGUAAAGCCUUCUGAAGCUUUGUGGGGGCAUUCUGAAGCUUUGUAAUGUUUUCUAAAACUUCUAAAGCCUUCUGGAGCUCCUUGAAUUUACGUGAAGCCUUCUGAAGUUUUCUGAACACUUGAGAAUUCUUCUGAAGCCUUCAAAACCGUUCUGAAGCCUCCUGAAGCCUUUCAAAGCCUUUUGAAGACUUCUGAAGUCUCCUGAAGCCUUCUGAAGCCUUUCAAAGCCUUUUGAAAAACUUCUGAAGUGAUCUGCAGCUUUGUAAAGCCUUCUGAAACCUUCUAAAUCCUUCUGAAGCUUUGCAAAUCCUUCUGAAUAUUUCUAAAACCUUUCUGAAGUCUUCUGAAUAUCUCUGAAUCCACGUGAAGCCUUCAAAAGAUUUCUGAAGGCUUCAGAAGGCUCUUCAAAGCUUCAGAAAGCCUUGGAAGGCUUCAGAAUUUCCAGCCUCAAUUUUCCUUACAGUAAUCCAAAAUUAUUCCAGGUUAUGGACAUGAGAACUCACAAAAUCACCAAAUUCAAAAUCAACCUACCUCCAAAUUUCUCCCAACCCUCAUCAAUCGAUAUUUCAAGCAACAAUGAGAUUUUCAUGAGUUUUCUCGUGGUAAAAACGAUUGUCAAAUUUUCGCUGGACAAUUUGGAGAUUCAGAAUAUUGAAGCGCCGAGUUUCGGAUCGAUUGGAAUCAAAAUUUGGGAAUCUGAAGCUGAGUCGAAUUUGAGAUUCGAUGAAAAUUGCAAAAAAUGCGAACAUGUUUGUCUUUCGGUGAAUUCAGUGUGAGUUGGGGGAACUUCAGGGGGAUUCAGAGGGCUUCUGAAAGCUUCGGGAGACUUCUGGAGGCUUCAGAAGUUUCCAGAAGCUCCAGUAGGCUUCCCAAGGCUUCCAGCUUCCAAAAAAUCCCAAUUUUCAGCCGUGUCACCUGCGACUGCACUGACGGAUUUUUCAUGGAUCCAAAAUCUCAAAAAUGCAUCGAAAAAUCAGAUUUGGUGUAUUUUCUGGACUCAAAAAAUCGGAUUUUCUACAAAAGUUUGGAUUUUAUCGAAGUUGGGAGCCAUCAAAUGCACAUUUCGAAUUAUUUCAAAAUUUUUGAAAAAAUUGAAACCUUUGAUGUCACCGACAAAUUUCUGGUUUUGGCGGGAAAAUCGAGAGCGAAACCUGGAAUUGGAAUCCUGGCGAAAAUCGAUAUUUCACAAAAUCACCAGAAAAAUCGAUUUUUUGUGAAUUCGAUCCCAAAACUCGAAAUUAUUCUGGAAGAUUCGUCGAUUUUUGGAAUUUCAGAUCUGAAAAUUCAUUUCGGAAAUGUUUUUUGGACAAAUAUUUUGACGAAUCAAAUGGAAAUUGUGGAUUUGGAGGGGAAAUUUCGAAAAAUUUUGAUUUGGGAAGAAUUUCAGCCAAGGAAUUUUGUGAUCGAUGAGGAGAAUGUGAUUUUUUAUGAGCGAGAUAUAAUUCAGGUUGGUAAAAAGCUACAGUACUCUACAGUACUCUCAGAAUCUCUAAUUUUUCAGACACUCUCCCUUGAAACAAUGCAAGUUAUCCCAACUCACUAUGACAUUCGAAAUCUCACUGACAUCUCAAUUUCCACGUCUCAAAAAUCGAUAAUUUGGCUUCGAAACCCUCAAGAGUAUACGGUAAUUACAGUAGGAUCAAUCGAUGGUUUUAGCCAGGAAAUCUUGUAUUCCGGAAACGACUGGCGACCAAUUUCAGCCAUUUUUGGUGCUGAAAUUUUUGGUGAAGAUGAAAUUUUCAUCUUUGAAACUUCUGGAAGAGCUGGCAAAUAUGAUGGUUCAUAUUUUCAAGAAUUUUCAACUGGACUAAAAGAUCUCAAGUUAGCCAAACUCCAGAAAUCCCAAAAGACAGCUGCGAAAUACGGUAGAUGCGAUCAACUUCGCCUAACUCCCAUAAUUUGCGCUUGCCAAAAUCACGACAUUUUGGAGAGGAGAAAUGGGAGAUGUUUGGAUGGUCCGAAUCGAAUUGUGGCCGCUGGAACAUCUGGAUUCUAUGAGACAAGGAUUCUGGAAGAUCAGGAGAGGGAUCAGGAUCAAGAGCAGAAGCUGGAUGUGAUUCUGAAAAUUUUGGAUUUCGAAUCUGGAGAAUCAAGAGGUUCAGGUAAGUCAGCUUGAUCUCGAGCUUGAGCUUGAUCUUAAGAUCAAGCCCAGCUCAAGCUCCAGCUCCAACUUCAAUUUCAGAUUUUCAAAUCCAAGACUUUGCUGUCAACUUCUAUCCACAUCAAAAAUUAAUAUUUUGGAUCGAAAAAAACCACCUGGGGACCAUCAAAAGCGUACAAUACCCCGGAGCUCCUCAAAUCCACGAGACUUCCGCUAAAUCCACUUCCCUUUGCGAUAAAUUCCACUCCUUGGCCCUGGAUCCAAUUGGAAAUCAAUUAUUUGUGACUUGCUAUCGAGAUCAAAUUGGAUAUUUGAUUUUGUAUCGCAUCAAUUGGGCGAGUUAUGCCAAGUUGAAAUUUGUGGCGAUUUUGGUGAGCGGCGGAGCUUUUGAAACUGUCACUGGCAUGCCACUUCAACCUAUGGAUCUUGUUGUGAUGCCCAAGUUUGGGUAAGUCAAGGGAAAACUGAGAAAUUUCUGGAGAAGCUGGAGAUUAAGAACCUUAAUCUGAGCAAUGCUAAAUCUUUAAAUUUGAUCUUAACCUGAGCAAUUCAGCUUUAAUCUGGCAAAUUUUAAGCCUACUUUUAAUGUGAGGAAUACUAAUUUUGGUUUGAGUUAAGCUAAGUCUGGGUUUGUUAGAAUUAGAGCCCGAAUUAGAAACAUAACCUGAGCAAUGAUAAAAAUUUCGGAAGUCUGGAGAAUCUGGAUAUUUAGAUCCCAUAAAAAUUGAUCUAAGCUGAGCAAUACUAGAUUUUUUAAAAUCUAAUCUGAGCAAUACUAGAGGUUUAAAAAAUCGGUUUGAGUUAAGUUAAAUCUAACAUAAGUUAAGUUUACUCCAACUUAAAUUUAGCUAACUCUAACUUAGGUUGAGCUAACUUUAACUUAAGUUAAGCUAACUCUGACUUAAGUUAAGCUAAUUCUAACCGUAUUUUUCUGAAUUUCUAGAAAAAUUCAUUAGGAAUUUCACAUUUUCUAAAAAAAUGAUCCCAAAAAAUCUGAAAAUCUUUCCAGCCUCCUCUUCUACGUCGACGGAAAUUCACACAUCAUCAAAUGCACAUACGACUGUAAAAAAUGCUCAAUCUGGUCCAAUAUUUAUUCAGAAACUAAAAUUCAAGCUCACCAGAACAAUAUUUUUGUUACAGUAAGUUUAUCUGAAAAAAAUUAGAUUUCGAAAAAAAUCUUUUUCAGAACUCUUCUGGAACUUGGGCCAGAAACUUUGAAACUGGAAAAAUUGAGAAUUUUUGGAAUUUCGAAGGAAUUUCGGAUAUUGCUCCGAUAAAUGAGCAAAUAAUUUUGGCGUCGGAUGGAAAUCGAACUUUUUUCCUGCCUGGAAAUGAGACUGUUGAGAAACUUGAAAAUGUUGGAGGAUUUUUUAGACAAGGUUGGUUUUAAGCCUAAAAUUCCAGAAAAACAAAAAAAAUUGUUUCAGAUAACUAUGAGAUUCCAAAUUUGUGCCACAAUUUGCAAUGUAGUCAUAUUUGCACAGUUUCAAAUGGAAAACCGAAAUGUUUGUGUCCGAUUGGAAAAGAAUUGAGCUCGUUCAGGUUGGUUAGGGGGCUUUUAGGGCUUUAGCCGGCUUCAGAGGGCUUUUGAGGGCUUUAAGGGGCUUCAGAAAUCUUUAAAAAGUUUCAGAAGUAUUUAGAAAGCUUCUGGAAGCUUCAGAGGGCUCCAGAAGGCUUCAGAAGGCUUUAGAAGGCUGGAGAAGGUUUGAGAAGACUUGAAGCAACUGUGAGAAGCUUCUGUAGGCUCUAGGAGGCUUCAGAAGAUUUCAAGAAAAUUCUGAAACCUGUUGAAGCCUUCUAAAGACUUCUGGAGUUUUCUGAAGCCUUCUGAAGCCUGCUGAAGGCUCCUGAAAUCUUCAGAAGCUCUGCGAAGCCUUCUAAAGACUUCUGAGGUCUUCAGAAGGCUUCCCAAAGAUUCUCAACACUUCUUAAGGUUUCAGAAGCCUCCUGGAGUCCUUCUGAAGCCCUAUAAAGCCUCCCCAAGCUUUCCAAAGCUUUCCAGAAUUUCAGAUUUCCAAAAAAUCAAUAUUUUCAGUGACUCCCAAUGUCUUCCCACAAUAAUCUGUGAACCCUGGCAAUUCACAUGCACCAAUGGAAAACAAUGCAUUCACUCGGCAAAAAAAUGCGACAAAAUCAAUGAUUGCUCAGAUCAUAGUGAUGAAUCCUUUGAUCUCUGCCCAAAAAUCGACAAUUCAAUCGAUAAUUGGCCAUGCGAUGAUUUAUCGGGUUUUGUGAGCCGCAAAAAUCUUUGCGAUGGAAUUUCGAAUUGUCCUGAUUCAUCUGAUGAACUACACUGUAGAUGUGAAAGACCUCAUGAAUUUUUCGACUGCGCCGCGAGUUAUCGAAAUUUGAAUGCGCAACUUUUGGCGCCAAAUUUUAAAUGUAUCCAUCGAUCGAAGAUUUGUGACUCGAAAAAUGAUUGUGGGAAUUAUGAAGAUGAAUUUGCCUGCGGCGAACAUCAAAAGAAACCCGCCGAAAUCAAAUGGCUCUAUGUGAUUCUUGCCGCAUUGCUCAUAUUUAUCCUGAUCCUCCUGGCUUUGGCUAUUUGCGUCGCUGUCAAAGAAAACCAGAGCUCUAAAGCUAGAGCUCCAGAAUUUUCGACACAGCAGACUACGGUGUUCCCGCAAGAGUUUUAUUAUGCGAAAAUUGAACGACAACCGAUGCCUUGUCAAAUUUCGAGAAGUGAUCGGAUUCGGAGACGACAAAGUUUUGCUAUGGUUAGUUUGGGAAACCCUCUAAAGCCUUUUGAGAUCUCCUGAAUCUUUCCGGAGCCUCCUGAAUCCUCCUGAAGCCUUUUGAAAUUUUCUGAAGCCUCCGGGAGCUUUCUGAAGCCUUCUGAAGCUUUCUGAAGCCUUCCGAAGUCUUCUGAUAUAUUCUGAAGCCUUGUGAAAUUUUCUGAAGGUUCCUGAAGCUUUCUGAAUUCUUCUUGAGUCUUGGUAAGCCUCUUGUGGCCUUCUGAAAUAUUCUGAAUCCUUGGAAUGUCUUCCAAAGCCUUCUGAAGCCUCCGGAAGCUUUGCGAAGUCUUCUGAAAUUUUCUGAUGCUUCCUGAAAUCUUCUGUAGCCUCCUGAAGCCUUGGAAAACCUUGUGAGGUUUUCUGAAGUUUUCUGAAGCUUUCUGAAUUCUUCUGAAGCUUUCUGAAGCCUUGGGAAACCCUCUAAAGCCCCCUGAAGCCCAGAACCAAUUCCCAAACUUUUCCAGAGCGAAAUGAGUGAUCCACCUCGAUCUUCAACACCUUUUCAAGAAGACUUCAAACGACCACCUUCAAUUUCAUUAACACCAAUCUUUAAGGAUAUUUAA